GCUGCCCCUGAUGCUGUCCCUGCUGCUGCCCCUGAUGCGGCCCCUGCUGCUGCCCCUGCUGCUGCCCCUGAUGCUGCCCCCCAUGGCCAGGACCUGGCCCAAGCCCCUGCCCUAGCACAAGUCAAUGGACGAGAAGGUGCUGAGAAUGAACGAGAAGCUUAUCUUUGGAGACCCUGGCUGUCCUCUAUAAAUGACCAGCCAAGGCAGGCAGGAGCCUGCAUAGAGUGGGCUGCUGGUGAGGCAACAGCUGCUGAGGCCAAGGCUGACUCUGAGUUCCACCACCCUGUCAGGCUCUACUGGCCUAGGUCCCGCUCCUUUGACUACCUGUACAGUGCUGGGGAGAUAUUACUACACAACUUCCCUGUCCAGGCCACCAUCAACUUAUAUGAGGAUUCCGACAGCGAAGAGGAUGAGGAAGAUAAGGAGGAGGACGAGGAGGAAGAAGAAGAAGAGGUCAAUGAAAUUGAUGCAGAAGGGUGUGUGGGGGUACCACACGAGGCCACAGCUCAUUCCCCUGACCCAUACUCGACCAGUCCAAAUUGAAGCAAUCCCAGUUAAACUUGGCAGGUUUCCAAGGGCAUCAAUUAGCAAAGAGUCUCCAGACCCAGCUUUUCUGGAUUGAAACCAGUGUCCUAGGCUGUCUAGCUCACCCUGGCUUUCCUGAUUGGCCUGCAAGUCUAGGCCUCUGGCAUGUUCUUGUCUGGGCUGCUCUUGUGCCAACAGUAGGAGGUUCCUCGGGCCUGGAAGGGACUAGGGAAGACUUGAUUUCUGAAGCCCUCAUGAAGUAGAGCAGGAAGGAUACCCCUGUACAGUGAGCAGUCACUCCUCAGGGCCUUUCAAGUUUUCAAAGAUACCAACACCAGUUCCAAGCAAUACUAAGGCAUCUGGAGGGAAGGGAAGGGAAGGGUGUGGAAGGGAAGAAGAACCUUAAGAAUCUGCUUAUCUGGGGACCUGCAUCCCACUUUGCCUGCUAUUCACUUAGUCUGGGUAUUGGCCUAAGGUGAGUCAGGAGAAAAAUAAAUGGAAUGAUGUUUGCCUUUUUCUUGGAA